AUGGCAGUGAAUACAGACAGCAUCAGCCGCCGAGCCCUCGGGGUGAGUCCCACUACCAGUGAAUAUCCCUACCAGGGCAUCCAACACUGUCGGGACAUUGUCUACAAAGAAGCAGCGGAAUCAAAACACCCCUACGUGAUCUUCUCCAACAUCGACGAGCAGACCUUCCUGCAUGACUUUGACGAUGAGCAGAGUUAUUUAUACAGUGAUUUUUUCCCACAGCUCCAAGUUCUCCUCGCCAAAAUGCCAGCCACCCAGGCGACCGAAGGAGCACACCUGGGGAUCCAUAAUACACUUAUCAUGAGGCUCGCGGCCAUGAAUAUCCGCCAUCAGCUGCGAUCGCUUGGAAGGACUGAUGUUAUGACUCCUUCUCGCAUUAAGCAGCCUACCCAGUCAUACAAGCCAAGGCAGAUCCCGGCCAGCCGCUCUACUCAGUGGCCAUCAGUACUGAUUCAGAGUGCCUACUCAGAGGCCGAAAGCAAGCUGGCCAGCGAUGCCCGCUGGUGGCUGAAUGCUUCCGGCGGGGAGGUAGAAACUGUCCUCACCAUCUCAGUGUGGAAGAGAAGCAAAGGAAUCACUUUUGAGAAGUGGGACUUGAUCAGCCGCCCGACAAGAGGGGAUCCAGAGAGAAAGGUGCCCAAGGUGGUGCAGAAGGUGGUUGUGAAGUUGUUCCUCCGACCCGCCGCGAAGGAGAAAGGUGAGGAAGAUGUGGUCAUAGAUCAAGACGACUUGACCAUGAUUGCAGAACAUACUGGCUUAUACUUGACUGUCGCACAACCAAACCUCAUCCCUACGGCACAGGACAUAGCGAAUGUGGCGAAGGAGACCGCGAUUUCCCGCUGGUACUGCGCGCGUGGCGUAACCUUGACCUUCCGCUACGUCGUACCAUCGACGAACCUGAAGGGAGGCACUACGAGGACGGUCCGCACCCGGCUGGCGGAGGCGCACUAUCUCAUGGCCGACACAGUUAAGCUACGUUACCUGAUGCGCAUCUUUUGGACUGAGGGUUUUUGGCGCCAGCCAGCGUCAGGGGCGUGGCGUCUGAGGUUUCUGCUCUUCGUCCACUGGCCGAUCGCGCAAAUGAGCAAGACCGCACGACGCGAGGCUGCGAAGCAGUUUACCAACGCUGACUCCAAGUGCGAAGUCCUCCUCACUUCAUACCAAUGUGGUGCGCACAGUCUUAACCUACACAGCCAGUGUAGCUGCCGGGAACCACAGAAGGCGUGGGUGUUGUUUCAGGAACACUCCAUGUCGAGGUGGAUAGAGUGUAACAAUAUCAUCAAGGCGCUGCCCCAGUUAGCCGCCCAACUCCACGACCUCCUCAAGCCACUGGUGCAUGGGCCAGCAUCUCCUUCGUCUGAUCCCAGGAGACGACAAUCCCAACUCCUGAGUUCCCUUUCUCCCUUCGAUUACCAUUCGUUGAUGAGGUCUUUGUCUAUCCCUGACCGACGUGGAGCAGUUGAGGCUGCUGCGCGUGAUGCUGUGUUUCCUUUAAGUCGUACUGAGCGAUCGUGUGUCACCCUGCUGGAUGUUGUGCGAGAUAUAGAGUGGUCCUUUGACAAAUCCGGCACAAAGAGGUAUGAUUUGCGACGAGCGCUGCGAUCAAUGCAACGGGAACGCUGGAACCUUCCGUGCGUCGUCUCGCCUGAGUACUCCUCUCCUGGUUUGAGCAAGCGGGCCCUGUUCGGCGGUGCUUGUGCCAAUUGCAUUUGGAACGGAAAGGGUUCCAAGUGUGCCUACUACUAUCUUGGAAAGGACGGCGCGUGGGAUUCCCCCGAGGACCUUAGCCUUCGGACCAUAUGCGAGGAUGGCAUCCCUUUGAAGAGCGUUCUCCCCGACGGUAACUCUGGCUUACGCGACCUUGAAGAUACCUUUUCCUUGGUGCUAGAGGAAACCUAA